CAUGUUUGGUUGGUCCAACUACGUCUCUCUCUCUCUCUCUCUCUCUCUCUCUCUCCCCUUUGAAUUUUAAUAUUUUUACAUAUAUACUCUUCCAUAUUCCAACAUUCACCUCUCUGCUCACCUUUUCUUAAUUCAAUUCAUUCUUUAAUUCAUUUUCUCAUUCACCUCUUUAACCAAUAAACUCCUCAAUUCAUUCAUACAUCAACAAAAACAUGUUAUAGCAAUAACCAUGUCAGCACCAGAAGCUAUGCAGUUCAUACUCUUCGUAAUAUUAAUCACAGGAAAACAUGCAGUUGGAGAAUCACUGGAUUCCGACAAGCAAGUACUCCUGAAUCUCCAAAUGUUUUUGUUACAAAAAAACAGAAUCAAUCAAGGAAGCUACAACAAAUGGGACCCACAAGACCCAUCACCGUGCAGUUGGCCGGGAAUUACUUGCUCCGGCGACCGGGUCACCGGAAUCAACCUUCCCGACAACGACAUCGCCGGAAAUUUGUUCAGCAACUUCUCCGGCUUGUCAGAGCUUACACACCUUGACUUGUCGAAAAACACGAUAGAUGGCGCGAUACCGGCUGAUUUGGGCAGGUGUAGGAGCCUCAAAGUGUUGAACCUGUCACAUAAUAUUAUGGGUGGUGAGCUCAACUUCACCGGACUUAGUAGUUUGGAGGUUGUUGACUUGUCGGUCAACCGAAUAUCUGGCGAUAUCCGGAUGAGCUUCCCGGUGAUGUGUAGAAACUUGGUGGUGGCUAAUUUAUCAUCUAAUAACUUCACUGGAGAGAUUUCAGGGUCAAUGGAUGAAUGCUCUAAGCUGGAGUAUGUCGAUUUGAGCUCGAAUUCGUUGACCGGAAACUUAUCUUUCGGGUUCGAUAGGUUUAAGGAGUUUUCGGUUUCUGAAAACCGGUUAUCCGGUGCUCUUUCCGGGUCUAAUUUUGUGGGAAGUUGCAGUUUGGAGGUGCUUGACUUGUCCGGAAAUCAACUCACCGGACAAAUCCCGCCGGAGAUGUCAAAUUGUAAAAAUUUGACCAGUUUGGACCUCUCCGGGAACAAGUUUUCCGGCAAUAUUCCGGCGGAAAUCGGGUUGAUCACGAAACUGACGCAACUUUUGUUAGGUAACAAUUCGCUUUCGAGGGAGAUCCCAGAGGCUCUACUCGGGUUGAUGAACCUGAACUACUUGGACCUUAGCCGGAAUAACUUCACCGGAGAUGUACAAGCCAUUUUCGGGCGGUUUACGCAGCUGAAAUAUCUUCUCCUGCACGCGAAUGGAUACUCCGGCGGGUUAAACUCGUCGGGGAUACUCAAGCUGCAGAACAUUUCGCGGUUAGACCUCAGUUUCAACCACUUUUCGGGUCCAUUACUGCCGGAAAUAUCUCAGAUGACAGGUUUACGAUACUUAUUUCUGGCCGGAAACCGGUUCUCCGGGAGGAUACCUUCUGAGUUUGGUAAUUUGCAAGGACUUCAAGCUCUGGAUCUUUCCAUAAACGAGUUAAACGGGUCGAUCCCAUCAAGUUUCGGACGGUUAACCUCUCUACUAUGGUUAAUGCUUGCCAACAACUCGUUAACGGGCCAGAUACCGCCGGAAUUAGGGAACUGUAGCAGCUUAUUGUGGCUAAAUCUUGCAAACAAUCAACUUUCGGGCCCGAUUUCACCCGAAUUGGCUAAUAUAGGGAGAAACCCGACACCGACAUUUUUGUUAAACCGGAGAAUUAACCCGGUUGCGGGUUCAGGAGAGUGUUCAGCAAUGAAAAGAUGGAUCCCUGCAGAUUAUCCACCUUUCAGUUUUGUAUACACUCUUCUGAACAGAAAAAAGUGCAGAAGUUUAUGGGAUAUGAUACUUAAAGGGGAUGGAAUCUUCCAAGUUUGUCUACCAGGUUCGAGUAUUCGAACCCGUCAGAUAUCGGGGUAUAUCCAGCUCAGUGGGAACCGGUUAUCGGGCCUUGUACCCCCAGAAAUCGCGAAAAUGGUUAAUUUCAGUAUGCUGCAUUUGGGGUAUAAUGAGUUUUCAGGGACAGUUCCGGCUGAGAUCGCGCAAAUGCCUCUCGCGGUCUUGAAUCUUACUAGUAACAAGUUCACGGGGCGAAUACCAACGCAGAUCGGUUAUCUCAAGUGUUUGAGUAAUCUUGAUCUGUCAUACAACAAUUUCUCAGGUACGUUCCCGACCAGUUUGAACAAUCUGACUGAAUUAAGCAAGUUUAACGUCUCCUACAAUCCGUACAUCUCCGGUAUGAUUCCAUCGACCGGACAGCUGGCUACGUUCGAGAAAACGUCAUUCCUCGGAGACCCGUUGUUGAGUCUGCCUCCAUUUAUAGCUAACUCAACAAACAACUCGUCAACAAACGCAGGUAACAGAUCAAACCCGAGAAAAUGGAAUUCGGUUUUGUUGUUCAUGUUUCUACUGUUGGCUUUCACCGUGUGCGGUGUCAUGACGAUCCUAGUCUGCCUUGUGUUAAAAAGCCCGGUUGACAAACCCGGAUAUCUAUACCCCGAUUUAAAGCCUCCCAGAAACGAAUUUAUGUCGAAUUCCAGUGGCUCAUCACCGUGGUUGUCGGACACGGUUAAGGUCAUCCGUUUAGACAAAACCGCGUUCACUCACGCGGAUGUGUUAAAAGCGACGGGUAACUUUGCGAAUGACAGAAUAAUCGGGAGGGGCGGGUUUGGAACCGUUUAUAGAGGUUUGUUACCUGAUGGAAGAGACGUAGCAAUAAAGAAGAAAUUGAGAGAGGGUACUGAAGGGGAGCGCGAGUUCCGGGCUGAAAUGGAGGUGCUUACGCGAAACGGGCUGGGCUGGCCCCACCCGAAUUUGGUGACACUUUACGGGUGGUGUUUAUACGGGUCAGAAAAACUGUUGGUUUAUGAGUACAUGGAUGGUGGUAAUUUGGAAGAUAUAAUUCUAGACAAAACCGGGUUCAAAUGGAAACGACGUAUAAACGUUGCCAUCGAUGUGGCACACGCUUUGGUGUUCUUACACCACGAGUGUUAUCCGUCCAUUGUUCACAGAGAUGUAAAAGCCAGCAAUGUGUUGUUGGACAAACACGGGCGGGCUAAGGUUACCGACUUUGGGCUAGCUCGGGUUAUGGAUGUCGGUGAUAGCCACGUCAGCACAAUGGUGGCGGGAACUAUUGGAUACGUGGCACCUGAAUACGGGCAAACAUGGCAAGCCACUACAAAAGGCGAUGUGUAUAGUUACGGAGUGUUAAUAAUGGAGUUAGCGACAGGCAGAAGAGCGGUCGAUGGAGGAGACGAGUGUCUAGUUGAAUGGGCUAGACGGGUAAUGGGAGAUGGGCACCGUAGAAUGAUCCCAGUGUCGGGCCUUGCUGAUGGGGCGGUGGAAAUGUGCGAAUUACUUCGAGUUGGAAUAAGGUGUACCGCGGAGUCGCCACAGUUGAGGCCGAACAUGAAAGAGGUGUUAGAUAUGUUGGUCCGCAUUUUGACCAACCGUACAGAUUUUUGCUAUGCUUCUUUGUUACCAUCUUCAUAAUCAUAAUUAAUGUAAAUCUACAUUUCUGAUUCUUUAGAUAUAUACAUUUUACUAUUUUAGGUUACAUAGUUGCAUACAUAUUACUUUGGUUCACAAAGAAUGUAUUGAUUUAUGUCUGUAAUGAGGCUCUUCUAACAUGUUAUAAUUGUUUCU